AUGUGGAGUCUACCAGCCGAUGAACACACUUUGGACAAAGCCAAGUUCAUAAGCUCUCCGUUUUGCUCAUACUCAUCGAGAUGUCACCGAAAAAAUGAACUAAGUAACUACCUCUUGAGUGUCGAAGUUGAAGGCAAAGUCUCGGUACUGAUGGGACUCGCUUCUGCCUCGGGAAAGUAUCACCACAAAGAGGAGUCUUCGAUAAAGCGAGAGGUGUUUUCUUUAUCCUUGUCAGUUUAUGCAAGAAAAGGUUAUCUUGUUCCUGAAGUUCAUACGAAGUUCCCGGACCAAGGCGGAGUAUAUUUCGAUGUUGAAGCAAGGGAAAUUGGCAUGGAAGAUAUCUUAAUUGUCACUUCAGAACACGAGAGGUAAGCAAGAUGGGGGACGAAAACUGAGAUAUAUAUUCGAUUCUCUUGCUCUUAGCAGCCUUUCGUUUUAGUUUAAUUAAAAGUCUUGUUUCAAAACUAAUUUUAUUAAUAAAUCUUUCCCAUAACAUGAGUGAGCUUAAGCGUAAGUUCUUUGACUUCCAACAUGAGAGACGGUGCUCUUUUCAGUGUCCGUAGAGCCGUGUGCUGCUUGCUUCUGCAAACUAAUUAUAAACAGACCUGGCACACAGGUUUCCGUACUGGGUGUGGAAUUAAAUGAAAUAACGGGAAACCUUAAAGCUUAUUGUUUUUUUUUCCGAUGACAUUGUACAAUACUCAAAAGUCUGCAGUGAAAGACGUCAAUAAAUUAUGAGGUGACCUGCAAAGAAAACAGAACGAAACAGGUUGGAGCGACUCACUGUAAACUGUAAAGUUUAUUGAAUUUAAAGUUUAUUGUCAUCCUAAUAUACAACUCUUUUUUGGAGAUUAAUAACAGGAAACUAAUUACCCGUAGAAACCUGUACAUAUUUUAACUAGAAUUAACUGAUAUUGACACUUUUCUUGUUCAAAUUGUAGAGAAGACAAGAAAACAAAGGAUCAAGUCGAGGCUAAAGUAAAAGUACUCUUCUUUUCUAUCUCCGCAAAGUUGGAACAAAUUCACGAGAGUUCGGAGGUCAAAGGAUUUGUUAGGAUUGAUCAUUAUUCAUCUCAAACCAGAAACUGGACGAAGUGGGAGUUUGACGCUGAUCUAUUUGAACAAGCAAUGACCGAGGUUAAAAAGUUUGAGACACAUAUGUAUAAUAUUCCAAACAUUGUUAAUCGUAUGCCUCACACAAAGCUCUUUGCCCUCCGCAUACUAGUCACGCCAAAUCUUGGAGACACGUUUAAGGUAGCUGUGUACCUUGAACUGGAAAAGAUGUUAAAAGAACUUCAAGUAAUGUCUGUAGCAUCGUCCAAGUGCCGUAUUGAUUUCGAAGUUGACAAAAUCAAACGGUCACUUAAANCUUUCGUUUUAGUUUAAUUAAAAGUCUUGUUUCAAAACUAAUUUUAUUAAUAAAUCUUUCCCAUAACAUGAGUGAGCUUAAGCGUAAGUUCUUUGACUUCCAACAUGAGAGACGGUGCUCUUUUCAGUGUCCGUAGAGCCGUGUGCUGCUUGCUUCUGCAAACUAAUUAUAAACAGACCUGGCACACAGGUUUCCGUACUGGGUGUGGAAUUAAAUGAAAUAACGGGAAACCUUAAAGCUUAUUGUUUUUUUUUCCGAUGACAUUGUACAAUACUCAAAAGUCUGCAGUGAAAGACGUCAAUAAAUUAUGAGGUGACCUGCAAAGAAAACAGAACGAAACAGGUUGGAGCGACUCACUGUAAACUGUAAAGUUUAUUGAAUUUAAAGUUUAUUGUCAUCCUAAUAUACAACUCUUUUUUGGAGAUUAAUAACAGGAAACUAAUUACCCGUAGAAACCUGUACAUAUUUUAACUAGAAUUAACUGAUAUUGACACUUUUCUUGUUCAAAUUGUAGAGAAGACAAGAAAACAAAGGAUCAAGUCGAGGCUAAAGUAAAAGUACUCUUCUUUUCUAUCUCCGCAAAGUUGGAACAAAUUCACGAGAGUUCGGAGGUCAAAGGAUUUGUUAGGAUUGAUCAUUAUUCAUCUCAAACCAGAAACUGGACGAAGUGGGAGUUUGACGCUGAUCUAUUUGAACAAGCAAUGACCGAGGUUAAAAAGUUUGAGACACAUAUGUAUAAUAUUCCAAACAUUGUUAAUCGUAUGCCUCACACAAAGCUCUUUGCCCUCCGCAUACUAGUCACGCCAAAUCUUGGAGACACGUUUAAGGUAGCUGUGUACCUUGAACUGGAAAAGAUGUUAAAAGAACUUCAAGUAAUGUCUGUAGCAUCGUCCAAGUGCCGUAUUGAUUUCGAAGUUGACAAAAUCAAACGGUCACUUAAAGACUUAAAAGACUCUGCGAUGGAAAAAUAUUUCUUGGAAAGGCUAGAUCAAGUACGGCAAAGUAAAUCUAGAGCCUGA